CCCCGCGAUAAAUCUCAUAACACACAGAGUGUUUAAAUGGCGGGCCGUAGUUCAAAUUUUCCCGCCAGUACCGUUCCAGUGUUGUGUUUGCGCCAGGGAGAGAGAGGCAGUGCGUCUUCCGCUAUACUGAGCCCUUGCUGAAAUGGCAUCAACACAGCGGUACAAACAAGAACAAGUGGAGAAAGCUGUGGAGCUGGUAAGAUCUAAACAGAUGUCCCUGAAUGCCGCCUCCAAAACUUUUGGUAUCCCUUACGCCACCCUUGGGGAUAAGGUCAGGGGAAGAAGACCUAUGCAGCCUGCUCCCAAAACAGUUCUGUCAAUGGAAGAGGAGAAGAAGCUAGUAGAUUGGCUGAUUGAAGUGUCUCAACGAGGUUUUGGACGGACCAAAGACGACCUCAAAGACAUGGUGAAAACCAUUCUCGAUGAUAGGGAAGAGAGGACUGUCUUCAAAAACAACCGCCCUGGAAAGGAUUGGAUGCGAGCCUUUUUCAAGAGGCAUCCAGAGAUACGGGAAAGAAUUGGACAACCACUUGGCCGUGAGAGAGCAAUUGUGACAAAGGAUGCUCUAGGUGAAUGGUUUCAGCAAAUGAAACAUUACCUGGACACCAUCGAUCCCACUUUGUUGACCUCUCCUGACCGGAUCUUUAAUGCUGAUGAAAGUGGUUUUAAUAUAUGUCCAAAGACAAAGAGAAUCAUCAGCAUGACAGGAGCAAAACACGUCUACUCUGUCACAAGUGGCACACGGCAGCAAGUGACAAUGUUGGCCUGCUCCUCUGCCAUGGGGCAGUACCUUCCACCGCUGCUGAUCUUUCCCUACACCAGAGAUCCUCGCUUCAAUGCGUUGGAAGGUUUUGAAGAGGCUUUUUUUCAAAAAACUCCAAAUGGUUGGAUCACUGAGGUGGUCUUUCUUAGCUUUCUGAGGGACAUCUUCAUUCCCAAAUUGGGAGAAAAGCGACCAGUGGUGCUGUUUGUGGACGGCCAUUCCAAGCCAUCAUUCCCUGGCAAUCAGCACGCUGUGUAACGAGAAUGGUGUCAUCCUUUACUGCCUGAAGGCGCAUGCCAGUCACCUUAUCCAGCCACUGGAUCAAGCUUUCUUUGGGGCAAUCAAACUAGCAUGGAGUGAAGCUGUCAGAAAGUUUCAGUACCAAACUGGAGAGAGUGUCACCAUGUGCACGUUUGCCCGCACACUAAAGAAAGCUUGGGACACUACAGCACGACCAGAGCUUGCUUACAAGGGAUUUGUUAAGUCUGGGAUCUAUCCUUUUAACCCUGAGGUUGUACUCAACUCAGACAAGCUGAAGCCAAGCUGCAGUUUCUCCAGCGCUGCUCCAGUCACUCUCCCUACCUCAGCAUCUUUUGGCAUCACUGCUCUUCCCGCAUGUACCCCAACAAUCUCAACCUCUGUUCCUUCUGCUUCACCAGCAGCCAAAUCCAAGUUCCCUGGGCCAGAACAAAGAACUCCCACUCUCUCAGCAUUCUCCAACAUUUUUGAGCUGAUGAAGCUGAGCCUGUCAUUAGGGGAAGGAACAACUCUAAAAUUCAUGAAGCGGUACGAGGAGCGAUACGACAUGGAUGACCCACCCUAUGAAGACUGGAAGGUGUUGUUGGAGAAAACCUUACAGCCUGCCUCACAGUCCCUGCCUUCCACAUCCCAGCCUGCCUCACAACCCCUGCCUUCCACAUACCAGGCUGCCUCACAAACCCUGCCUUCCACAUCCCAGCCUGCCUCACAACCCCUGCUUUACACAUCCCAGGCUGCCUCACAACCCCUGCCUUCCACAUCCCAGCCUGCCUCACAACCCCUGCCUUCCACA